GUUUCAUCGUCGCCCGAACCGAACUGCACGAGAAUUCCAUGGCCUGAAAGGACAGUGACACAACAGCAAAUAACCCCUCUAAAUUUGCACCAAACAUCGUGUACAUGAGAUUUACAAGCCGACCAAAAAUGAACUACAUGCCAGGAACAGCCAGCCUCAUCGAGGAUAUCGAUAGUAAGUCGAUGGCGCUGCAUGGCCACUCCAAGGCUUGCUUACGCCGCUAGCCGGUGUUGUGUUGAGAUGCACCGGUUUCUACCACUGGCUGUUGGUUGGUUCUGGUAGAGGGUUUUCGAAAUAAUGUCCAUUGAUAUAUUUGUUAGAUAACAGCUUCUAAAGCAGUGCCAACAUGACAUGCACACACAUGGCAUUACCAGAGGACAUGAUGUGCGCACCUGGCACUCCGAUGAGUACACACCUGAACACUGUUAUCAAAUCAACUGUCAGUAGCCUGCAUAGCUACCUCCCUAUGUCUGGGGCAACGGCUGUAGGCCGCAAUUGUAAGCAGAACAUGACCAGUAGGCUACUAAUCUAACCAUUAAUAAUCAUGUUCUCUUUUCAUAAGCCACCAACAAAAAUGCACACUUAAAACCAUAGUAAUUGCAUCAUAUGCAAUGCAAUGAUUUUACUGCAUGUUUCAAUUUACAGAAAAACAUCUCGUCCUGCUCAGAGAUGGAAGAACAUUGAUCGGCUUUCUCAGAAGCAUUGAUCAGUUUGGUAUGUAAGUAUUCGGACCAUUGCAUUGCAAUACCAUUGUAUUGCAUACCACAUAGUCGGAAAGCAACCAAGCAUUUUUGCGUGUUUGUGUGUGUGUAGCCAACCUGGUGCUACAGCAGACGGUGGAGCGGAUCCACGUGGGCAAGAGGUAUGGAGACAUCCCUCGAGGAAUCUUCAUCGUCAGGGGAGAGAACGUCGUCCUCCUGGGGGAGAUCGUAAGUCGGCAACACACACACAUAGACCCCCCUCUACACUCCAAGUAUGGGUAGUUGCAUCCCAAUAUGGCGACCGGAGUAUGGGGGAGUGGGUGUAUGAAAAGCGAAUCGGCUAUUUGGGCAGAUUUGUUGCCACUUAAGACUGUUUUUCGUGGCUGAUUGGGCUGCACUACGAGUCGAUAGUAAGCUGCUAUUGUCCGUUUUAUAACUGAACAUUUACAAUUAUUUGUGUAAAACUAACAGUGAAAUACAACUCAGACCCAUCCUCUGGCUUCAAAACAGAAGUCCAAACUCUCGCGGUACAGUAGCUCAAUGUACGAUAGUUGCAUGGCAAGAAACGGAAGGAAAAGAGAAUUUGUAAGUCGCUCUGGAUAAGAGCGUCUGCUAAAUGACGUAAAUGUAAAACAUAGCUCAGUCAAAACCGUCUAACCUAUAGCAGAGCACUUUUGACACGCCCACUACUUUCCUUUCCACAUGUCCACUCCUUUCCUUUCCACAUGCCCACUCCUUUCCUUUCCACAUUGCCCACUACUUUCCUUUCCACAUUCCACUACUUUCCUUUCCACAUGCCCACUCCUUUCCUUUCCACAUGCCCACUCCUUUCCUUUCCACAUGCCCACUACUUUCCUUUCCACAUGCCCACUCCUUUCCUUUCCACAUGCCCACUCCUUUCCUUUCCACAUGCCCACUCCUUUCCUUUCCACAUGCCCACUACUUUCCUUUCCACAUGCCCACUACUUUCCUUUCCACAUGCCCACUCUUUCCUUUCCACAUGCCCACUACUUUCCUUUCCACAUGCCCACUACUUUCCUUUCCACAUGCCCACUACUUUCCUUUCCACAUGCCCACUCCUUUCCUUUCCACAUGCCCACUCCUUUCCUUUCCCCACAUGCCCACUCCUUUCCUUUCCUUUCCACAUGCCCACUACUUUCCUUUCCACAUGCCCACUCCUUUCCUUUCCACAUGCCCACUACUUUCCUUUCCACAUGCCCACUACUUUCCUUUCCACAUGCCCACUACUUUCCUUUCCACAUGCCCACUACUUUCCUUUCCCAUGCCCAUACUUCCUUUCCACAUGCCCACUACUUUCCUUUCCACAUGCCCACUACUUUCCUUUCCACAUGCCCCUCCUUUCCUUUCCACAUGCCCACUCUUCCUUCCUUUCCACAUGCCCCUACUUUCCUUUCCACAUGCCCGCUACUUUCCUUUCCACAUGCCCGCUCCUUUCCUUUCCACAUGCCCACUACUUUCCUUUCCACAUGCCCACUCCUUUCCUUUCCACAUGCCCACUCCUUUCCUUUCCUUUCCACAUGCCCGCUACUUUCCUUUCCACAUGCCCGCUCCUUUCCUUUCCACAUGCCCACUCUUUCCUUUCCACAUGCCCACUACUUUCCUUUCCACAUGCCCACUCCUUUCCUUUCCACAUGCCCACUACUUUCCUUUCCACAUGCCCGCUCCUUUCCUUUCCACAUGCCCGCUACUUUCCUUUCGACACACACACUCCUUUCGACACGCCCACAUCCUUUCCUUUCCAUCAUGCCCACUCCUUCCUUUCCACAUGCCCACUACUUUCCUUUCCACAUGCCCCACUCCUUUCUUUCCUUCCACAUGCCCACUCCUUUCCUUUCCACAUGCACACUCCUUCCUUUCCCACAUGCCCACUCCUUUCCCUUUCCACAUGCCCACUACUUUCCUUUCCACCAUGCCCACUCCUUGUCCUUUCCUUUCCAAUGCCCACUACUUUCCUUUCCAAUGCCCGCUCCUUUCCUUUCCACAUGCCCGCUCCUUUCCUUUCGACACACACACUCCUUUCGACACGCCCACUACUUUCCUUUCCACAUGCCCACUACUUUCCUUUCCACAUGCCCACUCCUUUCCUUUCCACAUGCCCACUCCUUUCCUUUCCACAUGCCCACUCCUUUCCUUUCCACAUGCCCACUCCUUUCCUUCUUCACAUGCCCACUCCUUCCUUUCCUUUCACAUGCCCACUCCUUUCCUUUCCACAUGCCCACUACUUUCCUUUCCACAUGCCCACUCCUUUCCUUUCCACAUGCCCACUCCUUUCCUUUCCACACACCCGCUACUUUCCUUUCGACACACACUCCUUUCAACACGCCCACUACUUUCCUUUCGACACACCCACUCGCCCAUACUCCGGUCGCCAUAUUGGGAUGCAACUACCCCCUUCUCCUACACACACAUACACAAAUGUCUUAGUGUGUGUGUAUACCUGUGAAGGACCUGGAGAAGGAGAGUGACACCAGUCUGCAGCAGGUGUGUAUCGAGGACAUCCUGGAGGAGCAGCGGCUGCAACAGCAGAGCAGGCAGGAGGCAGAGAAGACCAAACACCUGGCCCUGAAGGAGAGAGGCCUGGUCAUGCCCAGACCAGACAUCAUGGACGAAUACGGAGUACAGCACCAAUACUGA